AUGGAUCAUCCAGCACCAACCUCGUCGCAGGUAUCCGAGGUAUCUGAGGUUUACAACGCCGUCACGUUCCUCCUACAAAAACUUCAAUCACUUGCCCCGAGAGUGUCUGGAACACUGGAUGUCAACUUGACAACGCAAGACGGCCGCAACAUACUAAGCCUCAAAGCUGAAGUUGGGGGACCAAAAGCCCAAGACGAUGCAGCACGCUCUCCCGCUACCACAUUCCACAGGUUUAGAGAGCUCCCCGCCGAGAUACGAGUGAUGAUAUGGAAGAUAGCCCUCCAAACUCCAAGAAUUUUUCGAUUAGGACCCGCCUCAGAUGACUUUGCAAUCGACUUUCAAAGGCGAUGGGUACCAAUUCUCAACCCUCACAAGCCUCCAGCUUGCGCUCAGGCUUGUCGAGAGCCUCGCGCCGUAUUCAAAACGGAAGCAAAACAGCUUUUUGGACUCAACGACGGUAUUUAUAAGAGCCUUUGGUUUUCGCCUUCAACGGACAUCGUCUACUGGGACAGGGAGAUCGUUUCUGCCUUCCGCCUGGGGAAUUUCGGUUCUGAUUUCCCAGAUAUCCGGAAUCUAGCGGUGGACUGUCCCGGCGAUGACGAUUUAGAGUUGGAAAUUCUCUUGCGAGAUGUAUCCAGUAUGUUUCCUGAUUGUAAGAGACUCAUCGUGGUUAUGGUACACCAGCCUCUUUCAACCCGUGAUGUUAGCUUUACCAAGAUAAAAGAUGAUGAUGAGAUGAACAUCCCCUUCUCAGGAGACUGGUGUCAAUGGGGCGAAAUACGACGAGAAAUAUCUGAACUAUUUCCACUAAACUAUAAGAAAGAAAAACCAAGCAUCGAGGGUGUGGAGGUUACUGCUGUUCGCAAACGAAGAUCCACAAUAUAUUAA